UCAACACCUUUUGGUAAAUGAUAAUUUUUUCCUAUCGUAAUUUCCGGUGUUUCAUAUCAACCUUGCAUAAAAAUAUCAAAUGACAAAGUGAAAGUGCUUGCUUGAAAGUGCUGCGUUGCAAGAUGUCUUCGAAAUCAGUCUCUUGUGAAUGGCGAAAAAAAGGCAACGAAGUUUACCUUUCGGCUGCCAAUCUAAGUCCCGUUCUGAGGAAAGAAAGGCUACAACAAGCCAUAAACAUUUAUCUUAACGCUUUUCAAACACAAGAGAAUGACGACGAGCUGUCCAGUGCGGCGAAAAAUCUGGCCAUGGCGUCGUGGCGUCUUGCUGAAAUUGUUGAAGAAAAAUAUCUGCAUAUUUACCAUUUGAAAGAAGCUGUCAAGUAUUUCUCAGUCGCUUACAACGCUGGGCUGACUGGCAAGGCUCAAAGUUGGAUUGAGCCUUUGCUAACAAGCACAAGACAGUUCAUAGAUGAUGCAAUAUUAUAUUCACAAAACAUAGUCAAUUUUCCUCAAAGGUCAAAGUUACUCUAUGACAUUGCUAAUGAAAUUAGUGAGGAUGGUCUGAAAGCACAUUGCUUUUUAAGCCUUGCUGAUGCAACUUUCAAGGCAGGAGUUUCAGCACUUUCGAAAGGCAAAUACAAAGAUUGUUUAACUUUAAUGCAUGAUUGUUAUUACCCUGUUGAAGAAGCCAGGAGAUUUAGCAACAGCGAUCCAUUUGUGACCACAGAAGUGUCAGUUUAUGAGAUUGAUAUAUUUGUCCACCAGUGCACAGCUGAGUCAAUCCAAGCACGCACAACUGGGGACAAACUCUUCGAUAAAGUACUCCUUGAGGAAGACAACCUUAAUGUUGAUAUGGUAUGGGAAGUUGUUGAUUGGUACAAACGAGCAAUCCUACUAACGAGAGAGAAAGAUGUUGAGUUCGAGGCAAUUGGCCACAGCAGGCUAGGCAGAGUUUACGAUCAGGUGCUGAAGUUGAAGAACAAAGCAAAGGAAAAUUUCAUGCGGUGUCUUGAACUAGUUAAUUCCAUGUACCCACGGGUGUUUACCACAGAGAAAUGGUACCAAGAGGCCACCGAAACACUUAAACGUUACCAGCAAGAAACUGUGAGGAAGGAAGAGGAAGCCUGGUCAACAGAGAAACAAGAAAUUUUGCUCGAGUUGAAAGAUGAUAUUAAAAAGUUAGAAGAACUUUCAGAGGAUGCAGGGGAUCUUUUGCGGCACAUCUACAAAGCCUAUCCACCGAAAAACAAGAGUCACAAGCUCAACGAAUCGCUGCUGAGUGGAGCAAAUCGAAAUGUCAAGAAAGCUCUACGAGAUAGCCUGUUGCAUUAUCACCCUGAUCGACUUCAAGCUAAAAAUCUUGGCAAGAAGUGGGUUGUUCUCUGUGAGGAAAUUACAAAAUAUCUCAACAGAAAAUACGAGGUGUAUAAAUAAACCCCAGACCAGCAAAGGAAUAUAUUUUUGGUCAAUACUAUAGCAAAGGUGUUUAUAUAUCAAAACAUUUUAAGAAUAUUUCUGUGACUUUUUUCAAUAUUCAAAAUCCUAGAAAAAUAGACAAUUAUUUUAAUGUUCUGUUGAUAAAGACCUUUUCAUUA